CAAAAACAUGUCACAGCCAUUGGCUUUAUGUGUAUUUUGAUGUGCCAACUUUUUGUACCGGUUGGAUGUAGGAUCUUCAAAGAAAAUGAGCUUAAAACUUACAGAGACAGAGUUUCAGCCAUGUUCCAUCAUGCUUAUGAUGCUUACCUUAAAUAUGCUUACCCUUACGACGAACUUCGACCUUUAACCUGUGAUGGGCAAGACACCUGGGGCAGCUAUUCUCUAACCCUGGUUGAUGCAUUAGAUACAUUAAUAGUGAUGGGGAACACCACAGAAUUUAUACGAAUAGCCAACCUACUUAUUGAUAAAUCUCAAGAUUUCUUUGAUAUUGAUAUCAAUGUUUCUGUUUUUGAAACUAAUAUCAGAGUGGUGGGAGGUUUACUGUCAGCCCAUCUAUUUAUGAAGAGGGCUGGAAUGACCCUAGAGCCAGGCUGGCCAUGUUCUGGGCCCCUAUUACGCAUGGCCGAAACAGUCGCUAGAAAAAUAUUACCAGCAUUUGAUACACCAACUGGUAUGCCGUAUGGUACAGUGAAUCUACGAAAUGGAGUACCACCAGGGGAGACAACUAUAACCUGUACAGCAGGAGUGGGCACAUUCCUGAUAGAGUUUGGUACCCUCAGUAGAUUAGUUGGUGACCCAAUAUUUGAAAAAGUUGCCAUUAAAGCUAUGAGAUCUUUGUGGGAAAAUAGAUCAACAUUAGGAAUGAUUGGUAACCAUGUUGACGUAGCAACAGGAAAGUGGAUAGCAUUGGAUUCUGGGAUUGGUGGAGGAAUUGAUUCAUAUUUUGAAUAUUUAGUGAAAGGUUCAGUGAUGUUUAAUAUCCCAGAACUACAGGAGAUGUUCAGAGGUAGGUCUUGA